GUGAGGGAGUGACCGUGGCCCCAACAACAGCACCAACAGCUAUCAACUAUUACACUCACGCAGCAUCUCAGGUGGGAGAGUGUGUGUGUGUGUGUGUUAAUAGCACCAUGAUCCCUCCAUAGCCAAAACCAACAGAAUCUCAAAUGAAAACUUCAAGAAUCUCAAACCUCUACCCUGUAAUGUACUACUCGUCUGUUUGACCACAAAACACUGCAGCUGCUAUAAUUUGGUAAAACUGAUGUGAACAUGAAUCCAUGGAGCAAGCCCACAGAUGAGCCUGUUUACCUGAACCAGCCUGUGGUAUGAUUCCUUGAGAUGUUAGUGUCUCCUUCUGUGUACCCCAAACAAUUAUACCUGUACAAUGAUGAUACCGACAUUGAUCGUGAAGACCAGCCAAUGGUCAACUUGCGGAUUGGGCGGAUGGUUCAACGGUCCUAUGUUUGUCGCAGAUGUGGUUGUAUACAGCCUGUCGUCAUUGCAUUAUUACUUAUUUCAGCCUUCAUAUUUCUCUUCUUCCAAAUGGUUAACAUGCUUCCACGUAAACCAGCAUGGGCCUCAGGCAGCUCCCUCAUGCCAGGAAAUCCACAGCGAAAACAAAUUCCACCACCCUUUGCCUGGCCAUCCAAUGCAACAAGAGACUUAACCAUCUACAUAAAACCAAAUCGGCCGACUGUUCUCCUCCAGCCUAGUAAUUUCUGCAGUCAACCACCAUUUUUACUCUUUGUAGUCCCCAGUGCCAUAAAUGACACCAAGCAGAGAGAGACCAUUCGGAUCACCUGGGGCCAGUGGACUAAUCAUGCUGUGUCGAGGAAACUUUAUGUGGAAGAGAAAUCACUUCGUAAAAAUAAUGGUAACAAAAUACAUCGGCCAUAUAUAUCUGAUAUGAAGGUCACCACACCCAUGGAGUCCAAACUCGUCUUUCUUCUUGGAAUGGCUCGGGGGGGAAAUCCAAUAAGUAACGCAGUACAGGAGGAGAGUAGGAUAUACGGAGAUAUCGUAGUUGAGGAGUUUGUGGAUUCUUACACAAACUUGACCCUCAAGUCCGUGUUCAUGCUCAAGUGGGUGCAUAACAAUUGUCCGGGUGCUAAAUUUGUCAUGAAGGUUGAUGAUGAUAUUUUUCUUAAUGUUCCAAACCUUCAGCGUACCCUCCUUAACAAGACGAUAACAAAGAUUCCACAUCUAACUGGCACCCUCAUAUGUGGUGCGAGGCCAAUCCAUGAUCAGUGGUCCAAGUGGUACAGCCCCAAGUACAUGUUCCGUGAAGGCAAGUAUCCGAAUUACCUCUCGGGAACUGGGUAUGUCUUCUCAGGAGACUUGGUUAAACCACUUUUAGAUGCUGCUCUCUCUACUCCUUAUUUUCAUUUGGAAGAUGUUUUUAUAACAGGAAUAUGUGCAAGGAAAGUUGGUGUUCAUCCAAAAGACAACUUAGGUUUUAGCUUUUAUCCUCGAGCAGUCAGUCCAUGUGUAUACAAGGAAGCCAUCUUGGGUCAUGGGGUUAAACCUUCAGAGAUGGUCAAACUGUGGAAUAUGCUCAACCAGCCAAAAACUGUAGCCAGGUGUAACGGUGAGAAGAAAUCAAAAUAUUUGAGAAAAGAUCUAACAACUUGUUCCAAAAGAUGAAACCACUUCAGAAGUUUCAAAUUCUUAGGACUAUGUAGAAAAAAUGAUGAUCACAUAAGAAAUUGUGCCAUUUUCACCUUGUUGGCAAUGCAUUAUGGUAUCUUAAGCAAUAUUUCUUUAUGGCUCAUGGUAACUAAUCAGCUAUGAAGAACUAUAAAGAAAGGUUUGAUAAGGUUCAAGUGGCUGUUUUAUAAUAGUAAAGCGUUUUUUAAAUUGCUAUAAUCUGGUGAGUAAGUCAUUUUUUGCACCAAUAAUUUUUUUUAGAAAAUUGUACUCGGCAGCAGCAGCUUUUAAGUAUCCUAAACGUAAUACAGGUAAUGAGUGCCAUUUUCUUCUCUACGCACACACAUUAAUGCCUCACUCCUUAUUGCUGUGAUACUCCUUGCAGAAAAUCAUUGUGUUUUAAGUAACAUACCUAUUUGUUCAGUGGUUUUUAAGUUCAUAUUCAAGUCAGACUGGAUAAUACAUUAUUGUAUUGUCUCGUUUAGCAGUUUUAUUGGCAUCUGUUAGUGGUGUACUGUAUGUUGACUGAAUCUACAUUGUCUGAUCCAUCAGAAUCUCACUUAAAAAUAUUCCAACAAUCACUAACUGCGAUAACAUAAAAAUAUCUCGGUUAAAAAUAAGUCCAGAAGAUGAUCUACACGUAUAUUGAAAUCAUGUAAACAUGGUUUUAAUUCUAGUCCCAAGUCUAGUAUUUGAUAUUGACAUAGUUUAAUCUCCUAGUCUUAAUAACUAAAGGUCUGUUGUAUAUUUAAAGCAUAUGUAAUAUGCCCUAUAUUUCAACAGACCUAUAAAUAAUACAAAAGUUUUUAGUAAAAUGUAUAUUAAAAACUUGAAAUUGGUGCUUGCCAGGAAAUUCUCAGAAUAUUAAUUCAAUAAGUGAUACCCACUCCUUUAGUUGUAUGUUUAGCUCCCCAGACAGCUUGGUACUGUAUGACUUACUGGUAGAGUCCAGUUCCUUUAGUGUUAAGAUAAAACUGUCAAACUAUCUUUAAAAGGUAUUGGAUAGAAUGUAGUAGCAGGUUGACAAUCCCUUAUCCGAAAUUCCAAAAACCGGAAACCUCUAGGGGGGUGGGGGGAAUGUAGUACCUGUAGUGUAGUAAUAAUAAUAAUAAUACAGUAAUAACAAUAAUA